AUGGUCGUCUUCGAGGACACGGUGGGCAACGGCCCACUCUUCUUCUCGGGCCAGCUCCGGGAGCACUUCUUCGAGGUGCAGGUCGUGCGCGACUCGAAGCCGUCCUGGGUCGCCGAGAACGAGAUGCCACUCGUGCGCGAGUUCGAGCUCAUCGAGGAGCGGGAGUACGCGUCGACGGGCAAGGACCAGCGCCCGACGUUCGAGUCGCUCUACGGCACGUUGCCCAGCUACUACGACGAGGAGCGCGACGGCGAGGAGCGCGACGGCGAGGAGCGCGCCUGCGGCUGCAGCGCGGCGCAGUCCGCCGCGCCUGCGCGCGCCGACCGCGGCCGCGGCUGCAGCGCGGCGCAGUCCGCCGCGCCUGCGCGCGCCGACCGCGGCCGCGCCGACGCGCGCGCCGUCCGCAUCGCGCCCUACGACGAGGCCUCGUCGUAG